UGUUCAUUAUAGAUAUAAUGCUCUAGAUGCGGUGUCCUUCAGUGCCAAUACGGUGGCGGUAGUGUCAGCGUGUUGCAAGCUGACCUCUAGAGAUCGUGACUGGCCGGACCGGACCGGACCUAUAUAACGGCAGCGGCCGGUCCACACAGCAUCAGUCCAUCCGCAGCCCUCUCACGAAGAGCUCCUAUACAGCUCCACUGUCAAACAUGAAGGUGCUGGCGAUUGCUCUGUUGGCGGUGGCCGCCGUCUCUGCCGACCGUCCUCUGGGAAGGUCUGGUCCGGGCCAGAGCUACGGAGCUCCCCAGAGGAACGGAGGAGCCUCCCAGAGCUACGGAGCUCCCCAGGGUAGCGCCUCCCAGAGCUACGGAGCUCCCCAGGGCAGCGCCUCCCAGAGUUACGGAGCUCCCCAGGGUAGUGCCUCCCGGAGCUACGGGGCUCCCCAGACCAGCUACGGCGCCGGCCAGGAGGAGUUCCUGCCGCAGCCAUACUCGUUCGAGUACGAGGUCAAGGACGACGAGGGCAACGACUACGGCCACAAGGAGGAGUCGGACGGUAGCCGCGUCGAGGGCGUGUACCGCGUGCUGCUGCCCGACACCCGCGUCCAGACCGUCACCUACUACGUGGAGGGCGACUCUGGUUUCGUGGCUGACGUCCAGUACGAGGGCGAGGCGCAGUUCCCCGAGGACAGCCAGAACGGCCAGUACGGCGCCGGCGCCCCCAACAACGGCUACGGCGCCCCGGCCGCUGCUGCCGCCCCCGUCGCGAGCUACAGCCAGCCGGCCGCUCCCAGCGGUGGCUACGGCGCCCCCAACGGUGGCGCCCGCACCCCCUCCACCGGAUACGGAUUCUAAAAUGAAAGCGUUUCUGGGCUAUUGUAAUCGUUUCAUGUGGUAUUUAUUGUUUUAGCCUCAAAACAAUGCCUGAUAUAGAAUGUAAGAUGAGAAUGCGAUUGCGUGAAUGAGUUGAUGGAAGUGUGCGUAUGUCCUUGACACAAUAUAUCAUUACACUUGA